CGUAUAGCUGGCAUUACAGCCAUGUUACAGCAGUCCCUGAAAGGUCUUCUGUUAGAAGGCCUGCAGACUUCCAAUGUCGACAUAAUACGACACUGCUUGUGGACUUACGCAACCAUCGACAAGACGCGGGAUGCGGAGGCAUUAGUGGGUCAAGUCCUAGUGAAACCAUAUAUAGACGAGGUGAUUAUAGAACCGUUUGUUCAGUCUCAUCCAAAUGGCCUUCAGAUCAUAUAUGAUAAACUUCUGGAUUUUGUUCCUCAUCAUUGCCGCCUCCUUCGAGAAGUCACAGGAGGAACCAUCUCAAGUGAAAAAGGCAAAACUGUUCCUGGAUAUGACUUUUUGGUGAAUUCUGUCUGGCCAGAAAUAGUACAAGGAUUAGAAAAAAAAUUGCCUUCACUUUUUAAUCCUGGAAAUCCUGAUGCAUUUCAUGAGAAAUAUACCAUAAGUAUGGAUUUUGUGAGAAGAUUUGAAGUGCAAUGUGGAUCCCAGGCCAGUGUGAAAAGAUUAAGAGCACAUCCUGCCUAUCACAGUUUCAAUAAUAAGUGGAACUUGCCCAUUUAUUUUCAAAUAAGAUUCCGAGAAAUAGCAGGAACCUUAGAAGCAGCGCUUACGGAUGUACUGGAAGAUGCUCCAGCUGGAAGUUCAUAUUGCCUUUUGGCUUCUUACAUAACAUGGAGCAGUCUUAGAAAGUGUUGGUCAGAUGAGAUGUUUCUGCCAUUGCUGGUGCACCGCCUGUGGAAACUUACCCUUCAGAUUUUAGCCCGUUACUCCAUGUUUGUCAACGAGCUUUUACUCAGGCCCAUCUCUAAUGUGAGCACCAAGGAUAAUAAAAAACCUUUGGUGACUGGUAGCAAAGACACUUCCUCUACUACCCAUGGAACUAGUGACUCUCAAGGAAAUGGCCCUUCUGAAGCGAAGACGCUGGUUUCCAUUUCCAGCACUCACCUUGUGUAUGUGGUUGCAGACCUGGACAAGCUUCAGGAGCAGCUUCCAGAACUCUUGGAAACAAUCAAACCAAAGCUUGAAAUGAUUGGCUUUAAGAAUUUUUCUUCUAUCUCAGCAGCCCUCGAGGACUCCCAGGUCUCGUUGUCGGCCUGGAUGCCUUCCUUGAGUAACAAGAUCAUUCAAGAGCUAAGUGAUUCUUGUUUCAGUUACCUGAAGAGUGCCCUGGAAGUUCCAAGGCUUUACCGGAGAACCAAUAAAGAAGUCCCAACUAAAGCUUCCUCCUAUGUGGACAGUGCUUUGAAGCCAUUUUACCAGCUUCAGAAUGAACACAAGGAUAAGCUCAAACAAGCAAUAAUUCAACACUGGUUAGAAGGAGCACUUUCAGAGAGCACUCAUAAGUACUGUGAAACUGUGUCUGAUGUACUGAGCUCCGUGAAGAAAAUGGAAGAGAGCCUGAAAAGACUGAAACAAGCUAGGAAAACCACCUCAUCCAACCCCGUUGGCUCCAGUGGUGGCAUGACUGAUGAUGACAAGAUCCGGCUACAGUUGGCCUUAGAUGUUGAGUACUUAGGAGAGCAGAUACAGAAGCUGGGCCUGCAAACAAGCGACAUAAAAAGCUUCCCAGCUCUCCGAGAGCUUGUUGUUGUAGCCAAGGACCAGGCAACGGCAGAGCAGCCUUAA